AUGGGAGGUGAGAGAAUGACAGUGAUGCUAGUUUUCUUGUGCUGUAGUGGACAGUCGGUGCUGGGACGUAACGGGACGAUGGACGACUGGAUUAGGUUGACUAACACACUCUUCUCCAACUACACCAAAGCGAUGUACCCUGUGCACAACCUCAGCGAGGCUCUGAUGAUUGACACAUCAAUGAUGCUGUUGUCAAUUACAGACUUUGACGAAUUGGCGGGCGUUAUAACAAUCAAUGUCGUGCUAAUUUCAAGAUGGACUGACUUCCGUCUAACGUGGGAUCCUAAAGAUUACGGAGGGAUUGAAGAUAUAUUCAUCAAUGGGUCAAAUUUGUGGAAGCCAUCUUUGUUUGUGCAAUCGACUGCACAGGACCUGGAGCCUAUUGGCUCUGAUCAAUUUCACGUGAGGGUUAAUUUUACGGGGAAGUGUCUCGAGUUACCCGGACGACUUGUACGGUCCUCAUGUGCUGUGGAUAUGAGAAGUUUCCCGUUAGAUUCUCACGUUUGUGACGUCAUCAUCAGACAAUGGGGAGUCUAUGAUGAUGAGAUAAAACUAACAUAUACUGAAAACAGAAUUAAUCUGUCCGUAUUCUCACCUAACGGGGAAUGGAAUCUUGAUGAAACACUCGUAUCAUACUGA